GUGACUGUCCAGGAAGUGCUGCUUUGUCUAAGUCAGUGGAGGACUCCGACAUCGGGCGACCACAGUAUGUCACCCAAGUGACUGCAAAAGAUGGCCGGCUGCUCUCGACAGUGAUCAAAGCACUGGGAGCACAAAGACCAGACUGUGUCUUAGUAGGCCUCCGGGAUUGUUGAUUCAACAAGCAAAUGGCAGCAAAAUGUGCUGAAACUUUUUUGGUUAAAAAAAGCGCAGAUAAGCUGGGCAGUCUCCCUCUGCAGAGAACACAGACCUCACAUUCAACUCAGCUAGUGAGUUGGUCAGAGAUCUUAGUUUCAAAUCCUACCUGAGUGUCAGUUAUUCUAUUCCAUUUCAAAUCUCUCCAUAAACUACAAAUAAAGAAUUGAUGAAGUGUGGAAAAUGGUGACUCUAUGAAUAUGUGGAAGGAAAAGCUCGACGCAGACACUGACAAAGGCAAAACUGAAUGCUUUGUCUAACAAACCUGGAGCAGAAUGGUGGAAGUGAGACUUGAACUUCUUUUCUUGGGGACUGCAAUGGGAGUUCACGUUCCUCUCUGCAAACAGACCAUCUGGGUUUUAUGGGCCGGGAUGUAGGAAGUCUGGCCUAGUAGUCAGAGAAGGAAUAAGCUCUAGUGAGCAAAGCAGGUAUCCAGGGUGGGGAAGGAAGUCAAAGGUCAACAUCAGUUUUAACUGCCAGUUACCAGAGUCAUGGGUCAAGCCAGAAUCAGGAAUUGAAGGUGAGGAUCAGAGCCAAGGUCAGCUGCCAAAUGCCAGACCCAAGGGUCAAGCUGGAGUUGGAGCCAGGACUGGUCAAUGAGGAUUGGAGGUGAGGCAGGGAGGAGCCAGGAACAGGAAGAGAGAUGAAGAAAGACAAGCGUGUACUCCAACCAAUUGGAGGACCUCCCGCUGGAAGCAAGCAACGAACUGAGCACCAUGGUCAGAAAUAAUGCGCUCAGGGAGUCCAGGAAGGCAGAUGAUCUGGUUUCCCUGUAGCUGGCAGUCUCCUCGAAGGAAGAUGCAACCUUGGUCUUUAGUUCUUGCUGGUUUUGAGACAGCAGCUGCCAAAAUUGAUGGUCCCAUCUGUCGAAUCUGCCAUGAAGGUGGAAAUGGGGAGGGGCUGCUUUCUCCCUGCGACUGCACAGGAACACUGGGGACCGUGCACAAGAGCUGCCUGGAAAAAUGGCUCUCCUCCUCCAACACUAGUUACUGUGAGCUCUGCCAUACUGAGUUUGUCGUAGAGAGAAGACCAAGGCCCCUCACAGAGUGGCUGAAGGAUCCUGGCCCUCGUAAUGAGAAGAGGACCCUCUUCUGUGACAUGGUGUGUUUUCUGUUCAUUACUCCCCUGGCAGCAAUCUCGGGCUGGCUGUGUCUUCGUGGUGCCCAGGAUCACUUGCAGUUCAACAGCCGGCUGGAAGCCAUCGGACUGAUAGCACUUACUAUUGCACUUUUUACUAUCUACGUCCUUUGGACACUGGUUUCAUUCCGUUAUCAUUGCCAGCUGUAUUCGGAGUGGAGAAGGACCAAUCAGAAAGUCCGCUUAAUGAUUCCGGACUCCAAGAGCCCUUAUCCUCUCCAGCAUUCCCAGCUCUCCACCAAGCUCAUGAAGAAGAAUGCAGAUGAAACAACUGUGUGAGUUAUCCCAUGCCGGAUAUCCUCCGAAUGGGGCAGCUGUGAGCAAGGCGAGGACGAGAGCGGCUUUGCAGGAAUGUCGGCAGAGAAGCGGAUUGAAUCUUUUUCUGCGGACAAGGUGUGUGACAGCUGCAGCGACCUGGCAAAACAAUCAUCCCAACCAAAGGGACUUUGCACUCAGCAAGUACUUUAGUUUGAGGCAAACAAACAGAUGAUAAACAUUUGGCUGUGUGAGAUGGCCCCAAAGGGCUCUGAAUCCACAGAGACAGAAAGCCAGAUGUGUUUAUCUGCCAGAAUUCUUUCUUAAAACUAAAUACAUUAUGUGGAAAAAAAUCCCUCUAUAUAGCUAUAUAUAUAUAUUAUUUUUAAUGGCCACGCAUAUUGUGUUUCAGUCCUUUUGUGUUGAUAUAGACAUUUUUCUAAGCUUCAGUAUAGAAGCUGGCAGCCUGAUCUCAUUCAGAGGUUGAAUCUGUGCCGUUUCUCAAAAUGAGCAUAUAAAGAACACUUCUCAUUGGACAUUGCUAAAAGUUCCUGUCUCCUUUACACUAAAUGGAUUUUGAGAUCAUUGCAGCAGGUUUUCUCCUUUGUUUUCUGUAGUGGUGGUAUUGUCCUUUUGGCAAGGUUGUGUGUGCUUUUAAUAAUUAUUAUAAUCCCAGAAGGAGUAAAAUGACAUAAUACUGAAUGGAGAUAUUUUGUAUUGUAAAAUACUGUAAUCUUGCAAAUUUCACAAUGUUUCAGAAUAUGAAAACUCUCACUUGAAGCUGUGAGCUCAUAAAAUAUGAAAUUAUCACUUUAUCCCUAGGACUCUGCUGUGUUCCGCUUUUGGUAUACUAUUACUCCUGCUAAUCAUAACACAGUGACUGACUCCCGGUGCUAAGACGAUAUGAUCCUAAAAAUCACUGCAUGGGCCAGAGACAGCCCAUUCAGGAGACCCUUAUUUGCUUAAAACCAUCUAAAGGCUAAGAGAGGAGCUGUCGCCACCCCCAAAAGAGCCGAGUUGGGUUCUCAAUGGCUAAUGUAUUCUGUUCAUGUUCCCUAAGAUCAACAUGUGCCCUGCUAGAAGUCUGAGAUACACUACCAUUAGCUCCUGCGUGGAUCUCACUGGACAUAUUCAUGUUCUGAAUCCCAAGCAGCGGGGAGGGAAACCCUCAAGACUCCCUGCGUAGUGACCUUCCGUGCACACAGCCCCUGGGGCUGCUAUUUGGAGAGUCACUGGAAUUGCUGCCUGGACAAUCAAUGGCCCUAACUCAGGUAUUUUCAUGGGUUUUCAGGGCUGAAUGGGCUCCCGGGUCACUCUCUAGUCCAGGGCACGGGUUCCUCUUCUUGCCACCCCAGUGCAUCCAGUUGCCUCUGCAAUAAGCUUAGCAAAUAGCCCUUGACACCUUGCAGUGGAAGAUCUGCCAAGGGAUUUCCAGCAACUCUUCGUUCAUAGCUAGUGUAAAUGUUCCUCUUCCUGGCUUUGGCCUUCAGUCCUUGCCUCAUCCUCUUCCAUCUCCCACUUCUGUGAGCCUCAAACAAUCCCUCCUCUAUUUAAUAUUCUGCUGUACACAGUGCCAGUCUGCAGGUGUUCGGUAACCAUGGUCCAAGCGAAUGCAGCCUGGUAAGUGCUCUGAUUAUAGAGAGCUAUUUCAGAGAGCAAUAUUCUGAGAUCCAAAUACUGCAACUAUUAAGGGAAAUAGCAAAGAGUAGGCAGGUUUGAGUUAUCGAGCUGUACUUGCAUCCAUGCAUCAUAAUUCUGAGACUGGAGUUGCUGAACUCAGAGGUGGAAUUUAGCUUGGAUAGCACAGUUCUGAGCCUUAGUCCCAUAGUUCCCAAAUUGCUGGAUUCUAAAUCCAACCUGCCGUUUUCCGUUCUCUCUCCUGCCUGGCUGAGCUGGAUCCUUUUGCCAGAGCGGCCCCUCUCCCCUCCCUGGCUUUCAGUUUGGAUCAAAUUAAAAAAAUCCUUGGUGGGCAAUGCUUGCCUAAUUGAUCAUGUGAAAUGCUCAGCUCUCUCUCCUGGGGUCGAUGGUUCCAUGUGACCAGGGCUUUGCUGUGUGGCUGGCUUCCCUCCUGUGUCUGCCUUGCACUAUUCAUUGGUGAUUGGGUGGUAGGUUACUGUGGGACGUCUUUCACUCUUUUCUCCCAGGGUUUGGUGCGGGUUUGUGCAUGUUCCCAUCACUGAUUCAGGGAAAGUCUCUUCUCUCAUCUGAUAGCUCCUUGGUACCUGGGACAAUAGUUUUCUCCUUUGUCACAUCCACACAGUACAGAGGCUUUGCUACCCUCUUCCCACUGCUGCCUUUCUCCCCAGCUUCCUGGGAAGGCCCUUGUCUCUUCCCUUCUGCUGGUUAUCCUUCAGUCUAGACUCUCCAAGGGAGCUGGCAUACCCUGUUGAAUUCCUUACAGCCCUGGUGAGACAUGAAAGGCUCCUUCAGCAGAGGUGCAAUCUGAGGGGCUUGUGGGUGGCUGCACAACAGUAAUCAAAAUCCUGUUAGCGUUUGUGCGAAAUCACGAGGAGCCCAUUCAGACUCCUAGCAGCUCCUAAAUGCAGCUGCAGGCUGCUCCGCAGGUUUGGCCAGGUCUCUCUAGUGCUUUCCAAGAGCCACAUGAACUCACUGACACUGGCUGCUGGGUUAUUGGAAAAGCACAGCCACACUUCCAGGCUUAACUGCUCUUAAGUAGUAGCUGCCUCCCACUCCUUGCUGUUUUCUGCAUUAGUGUGUUGCACAUGCUGCUCCAUUCCUCCCCCGGGGUGUGAGAGCUGGUUACAGCCAUUCACUGUGCAGACACCUGUGUCUUGGGUGCAUUUUUCUCCAAAUGUGUUCCCUUUUAUUUGACCUCCCCAGAUCCAACCAGCCCCUGGGAGGUGGUUCCUUUGACACAUCUAGCACAGACAUAAGUCUCAAAAUUCAGCUCAUAGUCAUAUGUGCAUUCAUGAUAAUAGUAAAUAAAUAGCAAAUAAAUUGGUUAGUCUCUAAGGUGCCACAGGUACUCCUUUUCUUUUUGCGAAUACAGACUAACACGGCUGCUACUCUGAAACAUGAUAAUAGUAAUGACUCUAAUGUAACCAGGCUUUCAAAUAGAAACCCAGCGUUGAUACAAAUCUGCAACUGCGAAACCUGGGAGUCCCUCUCUCGGGUGAUGGGGGUGGCUGAUCCUCUCCCAUGGCAGUGUAGCUUUAUUUUCUCUCUGCAACCUUGUAUUUAUAGUACUUUCCAAGUAAUCUGAGUUGUUGCAUGUGCCCCUGUAAAACGGUGAUACCCACUUUUGAAUCCUCUAGGGCCUCCUCCUUCCCAGCGGAGAUAUUUAGCUCUUGUGGAGUCUGGAAAAUCAGCGUCUCUGCUCUCGCACGUUUUAGUGUCCCGGAGGAAAUACACCGUGUGAUUAUGUAAAUAAAAGUGAAACAACUUU